AUGGGACCGUUUUCCAAGAUCAAGGCUACCAAGCCCAACAAAGAGGCCACAGUUCAUGCCCAAGACGAGGCCCCUCAAUUCGAACAUGUCACAUGGUAUCGCGAUCCUGGGUUGAGGGCUCUGUAUUGGCAUGCCUUCAUCCUUUGCAUUGCGUCCGCUAGUACGGGAUACGAUGGAAUGUUCUUCAACUCCGUGCAGAAUUUCGAGUCAUGGAAGGAGUACUUUGACAGCCCCAGUGACCAUCUCCUCGGGCUUCUAGCUGCUUUGUACCAAAUUGGCAGUCUCGCUUCCAUUCCUAUCGUCCCCUACUUUACCGAUCACUGGGGCCGGCGACUGCCCAUCGUAAUUGGUGGUGUCAUCACGAUUGCAGGUGCUGCACUUCAGGCCUUCUGCCAGAAUAUGGGAGGCUUUAUGGGUGGACGUGUGCUUCUUGGCUUCGGAAACUCGUUCUCCCAGAUGGCGUCACCCAUGCUUCUUACUGAGAUCGCCCACCCUCAGCAUCGAGCAAGGCUAACAACCGUUUACAACUGUCUUUGGAAUGUUGGAGCUUUGCUUGUUGCCUGGACGUCGUUCGGCACCAACUUCUUGAAUAACCAGUGGUCGUGGAGAAUCCCGGCAUUGUUGCAAGCUCUGCCAUCUGUAGUGCAAGUUGUCGGCAUUUGGUGGGUCCCAGAGUCACCUCGCUACCUUAUCGCCAACGACAAGCUAGACGAUGCAAUGGCAAUUUUGGCCAAAUACCACGCGAAUGGCAACGUUGACCAUCCGACGGUAAAGUUCGAGUACCGCGAAAUCACAGAGACUAUCAAGAUGGAGCAGGCCGCCAAGAAUCACAGUAGCUACCUCGACUUCUUCCGCACGCCGGGCAACAGAUACCGAUUCAUGAUUCUCAUCUCUCUUGGCAUAUUUUCUCAGUGGUCGGGAAACGCGAUCAUCAGCAAUUAUACUAACAUAUUGUAUGACAACGCUGGAAUUACUGGCUCAACCGAAAAGCUCGGUCUGUCGGGUGGAUCAUCUAUGGUAUCGCUGAUUGUAUCCAUUUCCUUCGCCCUCUUGGUUGACAGGUUCGGUCGUCGCCCAAUUUUCUUGCUCUCCACCGGCGGCAUGUUUGGCACCUUCAUCUUCUGGACCUUGACCUGUGCGCUAUACGAAGAAUACAGCUCACCGGGAGCCAACCACGCCAUGAUCUUCUUCAUAUGGGUCUUCAAUGUCGCAUACGCCAUCGCGUGGUCCGGGCUCUUGAUCAGCUAUGCCGUCGAAAUCCUGCCCUACACUCUGCGAGCGAAGGGACUAAUGAUCUUGAACAUCGCAAUUCAGUCGGCUUUGACACUCAACAACUAUGCCAACCCAGUAGCACUGAACUAUUUCGAAGGAGAGACUUGGAAGCUCUAUCUCAUCUACACUUGCUGGAUUUUCCUCGAACUCUGCUUUGUCUUCUUCAAGUAUGUGGAGACAAAGGGGCCGACACUGGAAGAGCUCGCGAAGGUUAUCGACGGAUCAAAUGCACAAGUUGCUCAGCUUGACAUCCAGCAGAUCGAAAAGGAGGCUCGUAUCCACAAUGGCCGCGACAGCGAGCACGCGGAUGGCGCACCUCAGCUGGCAGAUUCAGUGGAUGAUAAAGGAGUCCAGCGAAACUGA